CAGGGCGAUUUUGCUUAUUCGGCCCAGGGGAUGAUAGUAAAGGGCGCCCUGGUGGGGAGAAGCCAAACCGGGGAGUAUAACCAAUCGUACGCCCGUACCGUGGUAUCCCCGCGCAGCUACCCCCCAACGCAAAGAGUAUAAGCGGCGGUGGGGGAGUACCAAACAUUGUUAUUACUGGCAACUCCACAAAUGGGCGACCGCCCAAGCGGCCAUGGAAAGCCUCAGCAAAAUUAACCUCAUACAUAAGGUGAAUGAGGAGCUCUGCAAAAGUCUGGGGGUGGAGGAUGACAACUUGGCAGAGUAUUUAAUCUACUUGUGUAAAAAGGCAAAAUCGUUGGAAGCGUUUUGCAAAGACGUGUUUGAAAAUGGAGGAGAAAUUGAGCAGUCUGUGUUGAAGUACCUGUACGAUAUUAUUAAGCCCUCUGGGGGGGAGUCGGGGGAAAAGGCAUCCGGGGGGAAGGAAGCCAAGAGAGAUGGUGCCGAGGAGGAAGAAGAAGAUGGUGUGGACAAGGAGCACCGGAUGGAGAUUAAAAUGAUUGAGAAGAAGAACGAGAAGAUGAAGAGGUUCCAGUGCCUGAGCAUCAAGAACGACGAGCAGUUGACUCGGCUGUCCGAGGGGAGCGCCGCGGAGGGGGGGAGCGACACCGCCACGGGCGGGGGGCGCCACCGGGAAAGAGGCCGCCCGCGAGAUAGGAGCCGCCAUCGGGAUAGGAGCCACCACCGGGAUAGAAGCCGCAGCCGGGAUAGAAGCCGCAGCCGGGAAAGAGGCCGCCACCGGGAUAGAAGCCGCCAGCGAGAUAGAAGCCACAGCCGGGAUGGAAGCCGCCGCAACCGGGACGGGAAGCACCACCGGGAGGAGAGCCGCCAACUUGAGGGGGAGCGCAAAAGGAGGCGGCGCGAGGGGGCGGAGGCGCGCGAGCUGCGCGUGAACAACAUCUUCAGCGGAACGGUGAGCAAAGUUAUGGACUUUGGAAUCUUCGUCUCGUUUAGAAGCGAGCCGGGGGGGUACAAGGAAGGCCUCGUGCACUGCACAGAUAUUUUGCCUAACAGGAAGAGAGUAGCCAACAUGAGGGAACAAUUCCAGAGGGGGAUGAAGGUGAAGGUGAAGGUGAAGGCCCUGUUUGGGGAAAAAAUAAGUUUGAACAUGGCAGAGGUGGAUCAGAAGACGGGGAAGAAUCUGGUGAGCGACGAUGAGGGGAGCGGCGAUGGGGAAAGCGGCAACGGAGAAAGCCGCCACGGAGUGAAGCCGAGGGAUAAAAACAUCGCGUCCAUAUUCGACGACCUGCAUGAGGACUACAAAGAGCUGAAGAGGCACAACUCAGACGUUUUUAAGGAGGACCCCAAGGACACCAUCAAAUACGAAAGCGUUAUAAAAAUGCAAAGCGAUUAUUCCAAGUGGGAAAUCCAGCAACUCAUAAAAAGCGGCCUAGUCUACGAUGAGCAAUUAAAAAGGGAAUAUUUAAAUUUGCGAAACGAUGAGAAGAUAGAAGACGAAGAAGAAAUAAUUGAAAUUGAGGUGAAUGAAAGGGAGCCGGCCUUUUUAAAAGGACAAACGACCAAAGCAGGGGCGAAGUUAUCCCCCAUACAAGUUAUUGUUAAUGCGGAGGGGUCACUAGCUAGAGCCAUAACUACCACUUCUGCUUUGGCUAAGGAGAGAAAGGAACAAAAGCAAAAUGAACAGAAUGCCAUUUAUGAUAGCAUCCCAAAAGAUAUCAGCAGACCAUGGGAAGAUCCAAAACCAGAAUUAGGGGAAAGAACCAUUGCAGAGGCAUUAAAAAAUAUUGGGAAAAAUUUUGACCUUCCAGAAUGGAGGAAAAAUUACCUACACAAUAACAUCUCCAUUGGGGUUAAAAACCCUAUGCCUGUAAAUGAGCAGCGAGCUAAGCUACCCAUUUACAAUUUAAAAAAAGAUUUGAUGAAGGCCAUUGCGAAAAAUAAUGUACUUAUAGUCAUUGGAGAAACGGGAAGUGGAAAGACGACUCAAAUUCCGCAGUACUUACAUGAAGCCAAUUACACAGAUAAGGGCAUCGUUGGAUGUACGCAGCCGAGGAGAGUGGCUGCGAUGUCUAUUGCCAAACGGGUGAGCGAAGAAUUUGGGUGCAUCUUAGGUCAGGAGGUUGGCUACUCCAUCCGUUUUGAUGACUGCACUUCGAACGACACCAUCAUAAAGUACCUCACCGAUGGUAUGCUCCUGCGGGAGACCCUCAGCGAUACGAUGCUCUCCAAGUACUCCUUCAUCAUACUUGAUGAAGCCCACGAGCGGACCAUCUCGACGGAUAUCCUCUUCUGCCUUUUGAAGGACGUGGUCAAGAGGCGGCCCGACUUCAAGCUGAUCGUGACGUCCGCCACGCUGGACGCGGAGAAGUUCUCCACCUACUUCUUCAACUCGCCCAUUUUCACCAUCCCGGGGAAGAUCUUUCCAGUCGAGAUUCUCCACUCGAAGGAACCCGAGAGCGACUACGUGGAGGCGUGCCUGAUCACCGUGCUGAACAUCCACCUGAACGAGCACCCGGGGGACAUCCUGGUGUUCCUGACGGGCCAAGACGAAAUCAACACGGCGUGCGAAAUCCUGCACGAGCGCAUGAAGAAGCUGGAGAGCAUGUCCCCCCCCCCGCUGAUCAUCCUGCCGAUCUAUUCGUCCCUCCCCUCAGAAAUGCAGAGCGUCAUAUUUGACCCAGCCCCACAGGGUUGCCGAAAGUGCAUCCUCGCGACGAACAUAGCGGAAGCCAGUUUAACUAUUGAUGGUAUUUUCUUCGUAAUUGACCCGGGAUUUUGCAAAAUUAGGAAAUAUGACUCGAAGAGGGACAUGGACUCGUUAGUAGUCGCUCCAAUUUCGAAGGCGAAUGCUAAGCAGAGAGCCGGUCGAGCGGGCAGAACGGGGCCAGGCAAAUGUUACCGCCUGUACACAGAAGAUGCGUAUAAAAACGAAAUGGCAGAAACGAGUAUCCCCGAAAUACAGAGGAUAAAUCUGGGCAGCACAGUACUUCUCCUAAAGGCAUUAGGGGUGAAUGACUUCCUUCAUUUUGAUUUUAUGGAUUCUCCCUCGGUGGAUACACUCAUCCAUUCGCUGGAAAAUCUCUACUACCUGGGGGCCCUGGAUGACAAUGGGUACUUAACAAAACUGGGAAAAAAAAUGUCCAACUUUCCAAUGGAGCCGAACUUAUCAAAAAUAUUAUUAACGUCUAUCAAUUUCAAUUGUGCAGAUGAUGUAGUGACCAUAGUUAGUAUGCUGAGUGUGCAAAAUAUAUUUUAUAGGCCUCAAAAUAAGGCCCUCCUAGCAGAUAAAAAAAAAAAUAAAUUCCUUAUGCCUCAGGGGGAUCUAAUUACAUAUCUUAACAUCUAUAACAGAUGGAGAGAGAAUAACUACUCCAAUUAUUGGUGCCAUGAGAAUUUCAUCCAUUCUAGGGCUUUGAAACGGUCCCAGGAUGUGCGUAAACAAAUUCUCUCCAUUUUUGAGAGGUAUAAUUAUGAGGUACAAAAGAAUCGGAGCAGAAGUGACUCCGCCAAAUAUGUUAGCAUAUGCAAGAGCAUCUGCUCUGGGUAUUUCAAUCACGUCUGUAAGAGGGAUGCUCAGCAAGGGUACACCACACUUCUGACCAACCAGCAAGUUUUUAUUCACCCGUCCUCUACCCUCUUUAAUAAGAACCCCCUCUUCGUUGUGUACCACGAACUGGUGCUCACCAAUAAGGAGUACAUUCGAGACUGCACCAUCAUUCAACCCCAGUGGCUGAUUCAGCUGGCCCCCAACUUGUUCAUCCCUGCCGACGAGAAGAAGAUCUCCAAAAUUAAGCUGCGCGAGAAGAUCGAGCCCCUCCACAACUACUACGAGGAGCCCAACGCGUGGCGCCUCUCCCGGCGAAAGGGGUAG